AUGUCUGGUUCUCUGGCAGCAUAUCAUCAGAUGGCUGCAGGUGACGCCAAGUCGGACAUGAGUUGUCGACGAUUUAAUAGCGAACCUCUGAAGAGAUUUACAGAAGCAAAAAACAGUAUUGGUGAUAUAUAUAAUGAACUGGAAACAUAUGUCACUGAUCUUUCUCUUUUUUAUGAUGAAAUUCUAAAUAAUAAUGGCAACGUGCCAGAUGAACAGAUUCAAGAAAUUUUUUGUUUCAAGGAAAGCAUCAAAACAAUCCGUGAUAUGUUCAUGCGGGAUACUAUGAAAGUUGUUUUCUUUGGGAGGACGAGUAAUGGCAAAAGUUCAAUUAUCAAUGCUAUGCUUCAUGCAAAAGUAUUACCGCAAGGGAUGGGACAUACAACUUGUUGUUUUCUACAGGCAAGCUUAUUCGUUGAGGGAAGCCCAGAUGGCGAGCAGUUUGUUCUUAAUGAAAAUUCGUCAGAACGAAUAAGUAUCGAGCACUUGCAACGAUUAGGACAUGCAAUGAGUGAUAACAAUGUUUCACUCACGGCCAUGGGUCAAGACUCACUGUUACGUGUAUUUUAUCCCAAAUCAUGCUCACGUCUGCUCCAAAAUGAUGUUGUUAUUGUUGACAGUCCUGGAGUAGACCUCUCACCCGAAUUCGACAGUUGGAUUGAUAAGCACUGCAUGGAUGCUGAUGUAUUUGUGCUUGUUUGCAAUGCAGAGUCAACUUUAACGCAAGCUGAAAAAAGUUUCUUUCAUCGAGUCAGUUCAAAACUAAGCAAACCGAAUGUCUUCAUUUUGAACAACCGGUGGGAUGCAAGUGCUGUCGAAGUGGAAAAUAUGCAGCAGAUCCGAGAACAACACAUGACUCGAUUUAAGCAGUUUCUCGUUAAUGAGCUUAGAGUAUGCAAUGAAUCAGAAGCUGGAAAUCGUAUUUUCUUUGUGUCAGCGCGUGAAAUGCUAGAUGCACGACUGAAAGAAAGAGGAAUUAUACAUUUUGCUUAUCAGGUUGAUGGGCAUCAGUAUCGUGCGAUGGAAUUUGCAAAUUUCGAAACGCAAUUCGAGCAACUUAUUUCGAAAUCAGCAAUCAGCACCAAGUUCGAGGCUCAUGAACGAAGGGCACGUGAAAUUGUAGGAGCAAUGCGAAAUAACUUGGAUCUUGUACAAAAUAAUGCUCUCGAACGAAAGAAAGAACUGCAAAAUAGCUACGCCGCUAAGGAUACAACAUUUAAAGAAUGUUUAAAUAAUUGGAAAGAAUUCGAGCGUGUUGCUAGCAUUGAGUCACAACGACUAAGAAAUGAGGUACAUUUGAAAGUGUCUGCAGAUUUCUAUGAAGAAUUACAAAGAUUGGAGUCAAUCAUUGAUCGAUUUGAUAGUAAAUUUGUAGACGAACCAGUUUGUAUUAAUCAGUACAAAAAGAAUUUGGCUGAUUUCGUUGGUAAAUUGAUAACAGAAGAUCUAGAAGCGCGUUGUACUAGAGGCCUUAUUCAACGUAUUUGGAAUUUAGAAAAUUCAAUGUAUCAAAAUGUCAGUCAGAUACUCGUUGAGCCAUACUCAAAAAAAUUAGAGCAGAUUUGGCGAUAUCGUGCUCCUUUUAAUUUUUCGAUUUGCAUUAACUGUCCGUCGUUGAUGGAGGACUUUCGAGAAGACUUAGAAUUCCGUUUCUCAUUUGGUCUUACCUCUCUUAUUAGGCGUAUAAAUGCAUAUCGUUUAGGAAAACCGAUAACUGCUAUUGGCAGCCCAUGGUCUUUGGAUGUUUUUAAGAAUUACAACAGUCAAGCAAAUGCAGAGGUUGAUGAAGCUUCCAUUCAGCCGAAAAAUCAUGAAGAACCACAAUUAAUGACGUCGGCUGAUCCGCAGGAAAACGCUAUUGUAACUCAGUUAGCACUUUCAUCAGUUAGCUACGUAGCUAAUGGUGGACUUGGUCUUCUUGUAAUUGGAGGAAUAGUUUCGAAGACAGUCAGUUGGCGCACCAUUGCCGCUGGUAUAAUCCUCUACAGUGGUUUGUACGCCUUGGAAUAUUGGCGCUGGAAUUCUGGUGCUAAAGAGCAACACUUCAAGGACCAAUUUCGUCAUCAUCUAAGUGCUAGGAUGCGAGGUGUUGCAGCAACGCAUACAUUACAUUGUGAAACACAAGUCCUGAGAGAAAUGAAGCAGGUGAUAAGUGGUUUAAAAAGUACAGUAGGUAGUGUGCAUCAAGAAAUGAUGAGAGAACUUGAUGAUAUCCGAAGAGAAAUCAGAAGAAUCGAUCACAUUACUAAAGGAUUGAAUACAAUAAAAGGAAAGACAUCAUUUCUCAAUACAGAUUUGGAUCGUUUUGAGAGCGAGUUUUUGAAGAAAGGUUCUCACUCACCAGUAGAUAAAUCUUAA